AUGCCGUGUAUUGUCAAGGUCAAGGUUCGGGCGGCGCGCAACCUGCCUGUGAUGGACGAGGCGACUGGGCUGGCCGACGCGUAUGUAGAGGUCAAGCUCGGCGAUCAGCAGUUCGGAGAGACGGACAUUGCGCGAAAGACGUUGUCGCCAGUGUGGCAAGUGAACUACUUUCGGCAGGAGGUGUCGGACGAUGGUGAUGUGCAGGACUCGCCGCUGGAGCUCAAGGUGUGGGACCAUGAUCGGCUGACCGACGACGUCAUCGGCUCGGUCCACAUCGAUCUCAACGUGCUGUUCAUGGCCACGCGGACGCGGGCGUCGUCAGCGGCCUCAAUUGCUGGCUGGUUUCCCAUCUAUGACACCCUGCGUGGCGUUUGUGGCGAGCUCUCGGUGGUGGUCAAGGUCGAGCUCAUCGGCAACCUCAAUCCGUUUGGCGACUCGUCGGCCGGUGUGCUGUUCUUCUCGGCCUCGAGGCCGGCGCCGACCCGGGCACGCCAGCUCCGGUUGGUCCAGCUUCUGGGAUUUGUGGAGGAUCUCGUCAUGGACGACGAUCCCGAGUACCACUGGACGGAUACGUUCCGCACCCCGCGGUCGUCCAACGAUGCACGGCAAAUGCUGUUCUUCCAGCUCUCCGGCAUGGUCCGACGGCAGCUCGGGCGCAAGGUGUUGGAGAUGGGUGGCAACGCUGUGGUUGGCUUUCACCUGCACUAUGACUUUGAGCAAGAGUAUGGCAUUGUGGUGCGGGCGUACGGUACGGCGGCGAUUGUGCGGACCGAGGGCUCGCGCGGCCUUGCCCGCCCGCUUCCGUCGCCGGCGCCAUCUGCACCGAACUCACCGACGCGCGGCGGAACCCGUCCGGCGCCGUCGCUGGCUGACGCCGUUGUGUCCGGACCGUCGUCGUAUGCCCGGGUCCAGCUGCUCUCGGUCACCGACCUCCCGGUCGGCGUCCUGCUCCGGCUGGGAGGCAUUGUGGCCACCUCAUCGGUCAAACUCAUUUCGGCGCGCGGUGCGGACACGACAGCCGUCCGCGACGCGUGGUGGUCGGAGAUCCGCGACGAGAUCCGAUCGCAUGCGCUCGCGCUCGGCUGCUACUUUGUCAUCGGCUACUCGGAACAGGUUGCGAUUCGCGACGAGGUCGUCGUCCUCACCGCAGUGGGCACCGCUGUUGUGCUGCGGCUGAGACAUCCGCUCCUCGACGGGCCAUUUGCGCAGCAGCAGCGGUUUGGGACCGGGACGGUGGACGACGCGCUGGUGAGGCCGGGCAAGGCUGCGGCACGUUCAGCCAAGCGCAAGGCCAAGCGGCGGAAGCAGCGGGCUAAGAGCAAGGUGUGGUGCUCGGUGGCACACAUUCCGUACUCGGUCCGCAACGCCUCCUUGCAGAUGAAGGUCCACGUCUGCGCCGAGUGCAAGCGCAAGUUUGUGCCGCCGGUCCUGCUCUCGUCAAUGGAGCCGCCCAAAGGGCUGCCCAUUGUGGGCGAGGGCACGCAUCUCGAGGUGCGAGUCAUCCGCAUGCGGGGCAAGAAGCACGGCAAGGAUGACGCUGAGCAACUCUCGGAGCUUCUCCCGUUUGUGCUCUACGACAUCCACCGGCAGCUACUCAUCAAGCUCAAGGUCAAGGGCAUGAACGCGGCGUUUGGAUUUUCGCUCUCGCUUGACGUCUCGGCCACCAUGGUGGUGGCCAUGGCUUCGGCGACGGCCUGCUAUCUCUCGCCGCUCCCGCCGCCAGCGUCACUCAACAUUGUGCGUGCCCUCUCGAUCACCAAGAACCAAGAUGUCGAGCUGGCACGGACCCAGAGCUGCCUCGUCUCGCAGGCAGAGCACAACCGGUCCAAGCUACGCGCGCUGGCACAGUUGGCGCAGGACGCGGUGGCGUCGAGCUCGUCCUCGAGCUCCUCUUCGUCUUCCGACGAGGUUGAGGCUGGCGGCGGCGUCGGUGCUGCAGCCGAGCUCGGCUACCUCGACGCCGAUCCGUUGCUCAUUGUGUCGAGCUCGAGCUCGUCGACGAGCUCGAGCUCGUCGCUCUCGGCCUGUGGCUCGGGAUACUCGUCGGAUGACGAGGCCGGCCUGCACCGCGGCUCGGGCGGCGCCGAGUCGAACACGGUUGCGCUCGAGGUGGACGUCAAUGUCGACGACGACGCCGACCGCGACCUGCUCGCGGUCCUGCUCGAUCCGCUUCUCCCCGACGGGGUGCGGCUUUGCACCACGAUGCGGUUUCCGGGCUCGCGGUGCACUCGGCGCGAGUUAGGCAACGUCUCGCUCAUCACUGUGGUCAAGCGGAUCUCGCUGCGGACCUCAUCGCGGUUUGUUAAUCAAGAGCUGGCGGUCGUCUUUCGCUCCCUCUACGCCUCGCUUGUGUACAAGGCCUCACGGAUGCGGCCGGUCCAGGUCGUGGGCUUGCGGUCUUCGGUCUCAAUAGCGUCGUCCUCGGGCAACCAGAUCACGGCCGUCGUGACUGGCAUGAUUGUCAAGGAGCUGCGGGCGCCAGUUUUACCGCCGAUCGACCUCCCAUCGCCGCUGGGCUCGUUCUUGGUUCCAGACGAGCUGCUGCCGCGGCUCGAGUACGCAGCGCCGGUGGAGACCGGUUCUGGGACGUGUUCUGGCGGAGGGAGCGAGUCGUCGCGGCUCGACGACGAUGACGACGACCGCGAUGGCUUGGGCGGUGACGGCGAGGCCAGCAGCCGAGCAUCGUUGCGGCGGCGGGGCGGCCGGCAGCAGCGGCGGCGGCGUGGCGGCGGAAGCGGAGCUCGGACGCUCGACUACCCGCGACCAGACGGACCGGCGAUCACCCUCACUCCGCUGGCUUUUGUGCCGGGCAAGGUUGUCCAAGAGUACCUUGGCCGGCUCUCGCUCUCGCUCAUCCGCGAGUUUGACGAUGUGUCGGAGAAGGGCGGCAACGGGGCGGUGACGCACUUGUUUGUGUCCGAGGCCAAGGCCAUGCUCCGCGGGCGGGUGGCAUCGCUCGGCGGCAACGCGCUGACCUCAACCAUGCGUACUGCAUGA